AAGUAGGGAACGGGCAGGGCACGGGGCAUGCUAAGUUUAGGGUGGCACGUUGGCGGCGCGACAGUGUGGUGUUGGGGUGCACGAAGAAAGGAGUGCGCGCGGCGGUUCUCGCUACCAUGAGUGCCAUGAGGACCUGAGUGAGACGCUCCCCCGCCAUGAACAGCCGUGGCCAUCCCCAGUACCAACCCUUCCCCAAGCUGGAGGAACCAUGGCCCUACUACAGCCCCCAGUCGCGGCGGGUGCUCAGUCCUCCUCCGAAGCCUCGGUUUCCCUACAACAUGCCUGUAGGCGGCCACGCACAGAUGGGCUACGUCCCCGCCCCUGUGGCCCGCCAUGCUCCGGCAGGAUACCGGGGGUACGGCAGCUCUCCUGCGCCCUCGCCCUACUCCCGAGCCCACGACUACCCCGCGGCGGAGAGGCACGCCCGGCUCUCCAUGCCGCGACACUACCCUGACGAAGACGUCGACAGCGACCCGGUGGUCUACAAUGCGGGCUUCACCUUCCGGAUGGGCAAGGAGUCGACCGUCCACAAGCACCUGGAGGUGCAGCCCGCCCAUGCCAUCUCGGACACGCAGUCCUCCAGCCUUUCCCGCCAGAUCAACCAAUUCCUGCAGAAGAGCGACCACGCCCUCGACCGCUUCGCCAAGGUGGUGCAGUCCCGCUCCGGCUCGCGGGCGAAGUCGCGGACGCCGGGCGUGCGGGACGACUCGCCGGACCGCUCCCUCGCGCUGUCGUACCGGUCGCAGCGCUCCACCUCGGCCGCCUCCAUCGCCGUCAAGGCCGAGAAGCACCUCGAGACGCUGGGGCGCAUCGGCGGCGGGAAGGCGGCGCCCAUCGCCGAGCGCGAGGAGGUCGACGAUCUCGGGUCCUCCAGCGGCGAGGACUCGUUCGACGAGUUCGACACGGAGCACGACGUGCCCCACUCCACGGACGUCUUCGACAUCUCGGACGACACGUCGGCGGAUCUCAGCAAGCUGGAUGACCUGAGCUCCGAUAGUGACGACGAGUACUUCGAUGUUGUGGCGAUAUCAGUCCUCCGUCAGCAGCCCCCACCCCCUCAGGCCCUGGCCAAACCCCCUCCACAGCAGCCCCCCCAGGCACCUUACCUCCCACCCACCCACAGUCAAAGCUUACCAGCUGUGAAUAAAGGCAUCAGGCCUAUGGGCAAUGCACAGGCUCAGCAACAUGCACCUGCAGCCAAACCUACACCAGGUUCUGUGGCAAAGAAUGUGGAUGCUUCUAAGCUGGCUCCCAGUGCUGGUACCACAAACAAGGACAAGGACCUGAAAUCACAGGCAACUGCUAUCCCAAUCAACAGUCCAGUCCAUCAAGCACAGAAAGCUCCUGCAGCAAUUGGAAAUGGAACUUUGCCAAAGAAAAUCCUCCCCGAACAACAGCAGGUACACAGUGCUCCCAGAAAAUAUCCUGCACCAAAGCCUCCUUCUGCGAUGCAAAAUACGAACGAACCACUUCAGCCAACCAGAACAGAUCCUGCACAUGGAGAUUCCACUUUGCCACCAGCUAAGUCUGAAUGCCAAGCCUCUGAGAAGGCAGUUCCAGAAAGGAAACCUUCUGUGCCCUUACCAUCUGACCCAGUGAAUCAACCACAGAAUACAGGGGAUGACAAAAAGGCCAUACGAGCCCCAUCAUUCAAGAAAUAUCCAGCACCUAAGCCUCCAACAACAGUUCCUGAUAAAGAGACAGUAAAACCUGAAGUUGUAGAUUCUGCUACACAGCCAGCCAUUUCCCCAGAGGAUAAAGCCUUACCUGUCUCAGAUCCUGCCAUCCUUGAUAACAAAACGACUGGCACUGUUACCAGAGAGACAAAGCAGGAAACAAAAUUCCAUGCUGAAGCAGAAUCUGAUGUGGCCUCUGUAAAGAAACCACAGACAAUCGACACUACGAAAGACAACACGACUCCAGAUUCGACACAUAAAACGACUGAAAAGGAAACGAAACAAUCCACAACGAAUCAGGUAAACCCACAAGCAGAUACAUCUCGAAAAGUAAGAGCAGGAAGUCCAAUUCCAGACAAAGCAGUAGUGUUGGGCAUAAAGUCUCCAGCAGUGGUUACUGGGAAACUUCAGAUUGCCCCUUCAGAUGGAGUUAGUCAGUCAGAGAAGACAAAAGGCGCAUUGGUUGCUUCGAAUAAAGUCGAACCAAAGCCCACAGAGCAGAUCAGUGAUGGCAGUAAGGCAGCACCGAAUAAACUUAUCAAUAAAAAUGACUGUGUAAGUGGCAAAGAAACUGUCCACCAGGAUUCAAAUACAACAGUGAAAAAGGAAAAUGUUGAAAGUGUUGACCAAUCCAAAAUGACAAAUGGUAUUUUAGUAGAAAUCAGAAACAAGAAGAGCUCACACAAAAAUCAAAUAAAGCCCAGCCUGUAGGUCAUUCCAAAGAAGAUAAAAAAUCUAGUAAUGAUGACCCAGCUGCAAAGAUUGAGAACUUCUUGGACAGUGACAUCUCAGAAAUGGAAGUGUUCAGUGAGAGAAGUAGUAGAUGCAGUUCAGUGGCUAGUGAUCUUUCAAGAGCAGUAUCUCCAGAUUAUUCUCAGAAGUCAGGAAGACGCAGUAGAAGUGAUAAACUAGCUUCGAUCAUGAAUAAGUGGGAGAAUGAAGAGGUUUCACAAGUGUCACAGAAAAGUAAUAGAGCAAAGACACCCAAAAUUGGCAGAUUAACUGGACUUGCCAAUAAAUUUGAAGCUGGGAAGGAUACUGGCAGUGCAAAGAAUGAACUUGCAGAUAACAAGAAUAAUAUUCUUAGCAAACUGAAGAACCCAUAUAGUCCACCAUUCAACCCAGAAUCAAGACAACUAAAUCCAGUUCCAAAGAAAAGUAUUGGGGGAAUCAACACCUCAAAGUUUGGAAGUGUUGCAAGCUUUACCAGAAAGCCAGGUGAUCCCAAAAAAGAGUCUGAGAGAAAAGAGCAAGGCAGCAAAGACACAGCAACAAAAUUAAAGGAUGAAGCAAUAGAAAAUGCAAUCAAUAAAGAGAAAACUCUAGCCAAAGAGGCAGGAACUGAAAAAGGAAAACAGCAAGUGAAUCAGAAGGAUAGCAUUGGAGCUGUAGAAAGCAAGGAUUUAAAGGAUGCUCAGGAAAAGGCUAAAGAUAAUCAGGUGGAGGUUAUACCAAAUGGAGACAUACAUUCUGUAGAUUCAAAUGUAUCUGUUAGUGAGAGUGAAGCAAAAGUUAGCAAGAAAAAGAAGAAAAAGAAAGUUGUAGAUGCAGAAAAGGCAAUUGAAGCAGAUGCUGCAAAUGCUCUGCAGGAUAAGUCACCUGAUGGUUCAAAGGAUAAAACAAAUUUAGUGAAAGUCAGCAAAGAGAGUUCUUCAGAUGCUGUAAUUGAAAAGGCAGUUGUAAAUAACGACAUAGCUGAAUCCAUAGAGUCUGGUACUAAGGACCUUAUAGUUAACAGUAUUCCAGUCAAUGAAAAGGAAAAGAUAACAUCAAAAACUGUGGAUGUUACAGACAAAACGGAUAUUCCUAGCAGUGAAAAAGCCAAGAAAACUAAAGCAACAGAUGAAGCAACAAAAGCAGCUGAAAGUAAAGAGAUUUUAAGCAAAAAUAGUGACAGUAAAGACCUCAAGAAUAAGGCAAAGGAUAGCACAGACACUCAAGAGAAGUCAGUCACUGAACCUCCCAGUAAGGCAACAGAUAAAAAAGCUGGUAUCAAAGCCAAACAAAACAAGGCAGAGGACAUUACACUUGCCAAAGAAAAAGUGGAUAAUAGCAUUGACACCAAAACCACAUCAUUAGAAUCUAAGGAGAAAACUAACGGAAAGGUCAAAGAAAAUGAAACAAUUUCUUCAAAGGUCACAGACAAGAAACCAAAAGGGGAUGAUGUCAGUGAUAAGGAAAUUGAAGCCAAGACUAAGCCAGAUGACACCAAGGAUAUUAAAGUUACAGCAGAGAAAAUUUAUGAUGCCAAGAUUGGUGAGAAUAAGGAAGUCAAAGAAAAAAUGGAUGCCAGUGAAAAAGUGGCUAAACUAAGGUUAAAGGCAAGGUUAAAGGUGAAUAAAAUGAAGGAUUUGGAAGUAAAGACAGAG